AAAUUGUACAGGCUGGGCUCAAACUUCUGAUCCUCCUGCCUCAGCAUCACAAAGUGCUGAAAUGACAGGGCCUGGCGUCUACAUUUCUAACACUCCCGAGCGCUACUGUGAGUGCAGGUCCGGGAAGCCACACUGAGGAACUCUCUGCAGCUGCGGGAUCAGCGCCUCCCGCGUACAGGCCGAAGAAACGGAACCCACAAAAAACAGGAGAAAACUGCUUCUUGGAGAACCCAGGCGGUGAGGAGUACAGGAUCAUCGAAGGAAGAGGAAGUCUGGAGCUGGUGGAACAGUGGAAAGUACUGUGAUAGUGUGUACCACCGCCCAACCUGGGGGAAAUUUUCAAUAGACUGGCUGCAAAAAUAACUUUUGGUGCAUCUUCUGGGAAAAUAAGCUACAAUACUACAGCACUGGUCUGGGGGAAGAGCCAGAGUGUAUCGAAGGUGUAAUUACGGGAGAAAGUGCAAAUCUCCCAUCUUUCUAAGGUCAGAAGGAUCAGAGUGCUGUACGCAGUGGGUGAUUAUCAGCAGUCAGAUAGACCUUGGCCUGUUUCUGGUACUAGUGAGAGAAGAGGGAGUGCGAGGAGCUGAGACAAACCCCACUGCAGAGGACCACAAGGCACUGCCAGAAUGAAGAAGUCGGAGUGACCUGGCUGACUCAGCUGAAGAGGUCUUCCUGCUGGAGGCUGAGCCCCCACGGCACCACGACAUAUCAAGCUCUUUCUAAGGUCAGGCCCAGAGCUUGGAACUGAGUCUGCUGGGAUCCCCAUGUUGUGGAGGAUGAAGCUCCUCCGCAGACGCCAUAUGCCUCUGCGCCUGGCCAUGGUGGGCAGCAUCUUCAUGCUCUACCUCUUCAUCCGGCAAAAAGAUGAAGGUGGCAGGGAGCAGGUCACAGAGAAGCCUUGGCUGAAGUCCCUGGUGGGCCAGAAGGAUCACGUCCUGGAUCUCAUGCUAGGGGCUGUGAACAACCUUAGAGACUCAAUGCCCAAGCUCCAGAUCAGAGCUCCAGAGCUCCAGCAGCCUCUGGUCUCCAUAAACCAAUCUUGUCCUGCCGGGUUCUACACCCCAAAUGAGCUAAAGCCUUACUGGGAACGGCCACUACAGGACCCCAACAGCCCUGGGGCAGAUGGGACAGCAUUUCAGAAGAAUGAGUGGACCCCCCUGGAGACCCGGGAAAAGGAAGAGGGAUACAAGAAGCAUUGCUUCAAUGCCUUUGCCAGUGACCAGAUCUCCCUGCAGAGGGCCCUGGGGCCAGACACCCGACCCCCUGAGUGUGUCCACCAGAAGUUCCGACGCUGUCCCCCACUGCCCGCCACCAGCGUCAUCAUUGUGUUCCACAAUGAGGCCUGGUCCACACUGCUGCGAACAGUGUACAGCGUCCUACACACCAGCCCUGCCAUCUUGCUGAAGGAGAUCAUACUAGUAGAUGACGCCAGCACUGAUGAAUACUUGAAGGAGAAGCUGGAGCAGUACAUGGAGAAGCUGCAGAUCGUGAAGGUGGUGCGGCAGGAGGAGCGGAAAGGGCUGAUCACUGCCCGGCUCCUGGGGGCCAGUGUGGCACAGGCAGAAGUGCUGACGUUCCUGGAUGCCCACUGUGAGUGCUUCUAUGGCUGGCUGGAGCCCCUCCUGGCUCGAAUUGCUGAGGAUGGGACAGCAGUGGUGAGCCCAGACAUCGUCACCAUUAACCUUAACACCUUCGAGUUCUCCAAGCCCAUCCCCGGGGGCAGAGUCCAUAGCCGGGGCAACUUUGACUGGAGCCUGACCUUCGGCUGGGAGACUCUACCUGCACACGAGAAGCAGAGGCGCAAAGAUGAGACCUACCCCAUCAAAUCCCCGACGUUUGCUGGUGGCCUCUUCUCCAUCUCCAAGUCCUACUUCGAGCACAUCGGUACCUAUGAUAAUCAGAUGGAGAUCUGGGGAGGGGAGAACGUGGAAAUGUCCUUCCGGGUGUGGCAGUGUGGGGGCCAGCUAGAGAUCAUCCCCUGCUCUGUGGUAGGCCAUGUGUUCCGUACCAAGAGCCCCCACACCUUCCCCAAGGGCACCAGUGUCAUUUCUCGCAACCAAGUGCGCCUGGCUGAGGUUUGGAUGGAUGACUACAAGAAGAUUUUCUACAGACGCAAUCUGCAGGCGGCAAAGAUAGCCCAAGAGAAAUCCUUCGGCGACAUUUCGGAAAGACUGCAGCUGAGAGAACAACUACACUGUCGCAACUUUUCCUGGUUCUUGCACAACAUCUACCCAGAGAUGUUUGUUCCUGACCUGAAUCCCACCUUCUAUGGAGCCAUCAAGAACCUUGGUAUCAAUCAAUGUCUGGAUGUGGGUGAGAACAACCGUGGAGGGAAGCCCCUCAUCAUGUACUCCUGCCAUGGCCUUGGCGGUAAUCAGUACUUUGAGUACACAACCCAGCGAGACCUUCGUCACAACAUUGCCAAACAGCUGUGUCUACAUGCCAGUGCAAGCACACUGGGCAUGAGAAUCUGUCACUUCACUGGAAAAAAUACCCAAGUGCCCAAGGAUGAGGAAUGGGAAUUGACUCAGCUUCUGGCUGAGACACAAUGGAGUGGAUUAGGCAAUCUAAUGGAUCAGCUCAUCAGGAACUCAGGAUCUGGUACCUGCCUGACAUCCCAGGAUAAAAAGCCAGCCAUGGCCCCUUGCAAUCCCAGUGACCCCCACCAGCUCUGGCUCUUCGUCUAGGCCCUUGAUCAUCCCCACUAUAAGCUCCCCUUACCCUCCAAGUCUUCUCAGGAAGCAGGAUUGUCGAUGUCUGGGAACCUGACCAUCAGUCCUCCGUAGACCUUCAAGAUGGAUUUGUAAAUCAAAUGGAUAUCAAGGCAGGACUUUCUUGCUCCUUGUAACAAGUCUGGGUCCAUUUUCUUUCCUUCACACUGAUAGAAGAGACUAUGUGGAUACACCUAGAGCUUUCUUUUUGUUCUUGAAACAAAGGCCUCCAGAGCAGAGGGCAGCAACCCUGAGGUCAAGAAAAAUACCUCUGCAACCUUUUCCUGAAGCCUUUGUCAGCCAAAGCACCUGAACAAUUUAGUGAAAUACUGUAACCUAAGACAGGGUUUUGAGGUCAGAGGAAGCCUUCCCUGCUAAUAAUACCCAGUGUGUAGAACAGAUUAUGAUUUACAGAAAGCACCCAGCUAGGUGUCCUUUAUCUUAUUUCAUUUGCACAAUAAUCCUGUGAGAAAGACAGGACAAGAACUUCUGUGUCCAUCUUACAGGCAAAAGAGCAGAGAGGUAAAGUAGCCUGUCUACAGUUGCAGAGUAGUGGCUGGUUGAAGCUGACUCUGAGGCUCAGUCUUCAAUGCUGUGAAUUCAAGGCCAGCCUGGGCUGCAUAGCAAGUUAAAGGUGAGCCUGGACUGACUCGCUCUGUGCAACAAGAACACUAGGCAACUGGCCAGCAGUUUCCCGCUCCUUCUUUGUCCCAUCCUGAUCGUGGAGGUGCUGUCAGCCCAGAUGAGGUUAACAAGAGUCCUGGCCAGACUGAGAAAGCAGAGACACUGCGCAGUCAAGCACAACUGAUCCCAUCUGCUGUGCUUGCAUGAAGUCCUGGUACGAAGCAGACUCAGUGUGCGUGCCAGCUCUUCAAGCAAGGUGGACUGGACCCCACUGCACCUGGCUGCUUUGUCUGAUACUCUGGAAGAAAAUGAAAAUUCUGUCCUGACGUCUUUUGAGCAAUAGCAGGCUGUCACCACAUGAGGGUGCCAUGGGACCGCCUUUGCCUCCUGUUUGCACUCAGCAUGGCAAGAGGGAGCCUUCAGUACGCGAUAAAGGAGACACUGUGAGGUGCCCUGGCCAAAGGAAAGGAGAAAGUGGCUGGGAUAGGACCUGGAGUGGGAAAAGGAGAAAGUUCUACCUCUGAAGGAGAAGAGUUGGAAAUGGGAUCCCAGUGGAAAUAAAGGUUUCAUGGCAUUUGUA